AGUUCGGGUAGUCUCGAGUGGAUGGGUAGUCCGUAGUCUUGAGACUUAAUUUUGAUUUAAAGUACUUUGACUUAAUUUUGAGUUAAUUAAAUUAUAAAUAUCUUUGUUGCUGUGUUAAAAUGUUUUGAAAAAAAUUAUACAAAAUGGUUUCUUAUUUACGUACUCAGAUAUUAAUAGUGGCUUGCGUCAACAUUGGCCAAUUUAUCGAUGGAUACAGCGUUGGGUGGUCAGCUCCCAUCAUCCCGAAGCUUCAGGAUCCCAAGCAGACACCUCUUCCCCGAGUGAUCACGGGUCUUGAAAUUUCAUGGAUUGGUUCAUUGCUAUAUGUGGGGGCUAUCGUUGGGCCGUACAUUCCAAGUUACCUAUCAAACAUAAUAGGCAGGAAGCCAUGUUUGUUUUUCGGCGGGCUGUUAAAUCUGACGGCCAUUGUUCUUAUAGUUUUUACAAAAAAUGUGGCUAUGGUUUACGCGGUGAGGAUUAUAAGUGGUCUGGGAAUGGGCAUGGUGACAGUAAGCAAUCUCGUGUAUGUAGGGGAAAUAGCAUCAUCCAACAUUCGUGGCAUCCUUCUAACGUCUACCUCUAUAGUCGGUAUAUCUGGCACGCUUGCGGCUUAUAGUGUUGGACCGUUUGUGUCGUAUGCGACAACAGGUUAUAUAGCCUUGGCAAUAAAUAUAGUUCACGUGAUUGGAAUAUAUUUCAUACCGGAGUCGCCAGUGUACUACGCUAUAAAAGGAAAACAGUUAGAAGCAAAGAACACAUUGCGGUACCUCGGCCGUUUGGAUGAUUUGGACAAUGUGUUUGAUUCAGUCAGCGGUAUAAACCCACACGAGGGCCAGAGUUGGAGGGCGUGGGUCAAAAUAUUUACCGAGAGGACCAACCGAAAAUCUCUUAUUAUAACUUUAAGUCUAUGCACCUUACAACAGUUGAGCGGAGUCGCUGUUGUACUUUUCUUUGCAACAACCAUUUUCGAGAGCGCCGGUUCCUCUAUACGACCAGAUAUAGCGACUAUUAUUAUCGGUGCAACAAGACUUCUUGCUAGUUUAAUAGCGCCAUUUGUCGUUGAAAGAGCAGGACGGAGGAUAUUGCUGCUCGUUUCCACAGUUUUUUGCGCGGUCAGUCUGAUCUCUUUAGGGUCUUAUUUUCAUCUAACGAGGAUCCAAAGUCCCUUGGCUCUCAACAUCGGUUGGCUACCACUUGUGUCACUAAUUAUGUACUUCUUCUCAUACGAAAUAGGUUUCGGCACAAUGCCUAGCGCUUUAGUCGGUGAGAUGUUCAGGGGUAACGCUAGGAGUACUGGCUCGGCGGUUGCCAUGACAACCGCCUGGUUGAUAGGUUUCGGCGUGGCGACCGGUUUCGGAACCAUGGUAAAGGUUUUCGGCGGUGACGUCACUUUCUGGUUAUUCUCCGGUUCAUGUCUGGCCGCUUUUUUGUUUACUUAUAAGUAUGUACCAGAAACUAAAGGUAAGACCUUGAACGAUAUCCAAGAAAUGUUAAGGUCUUAGUUGGAAGAAUUUCAUUAGUGUGAUAUGAUAGUUUUGUAAGAUAUCUGACAAUGACUGUCUUAUUUAUUUAUUAGGUUCUGACAUUUUAAAUGUUACUUUAGUUAAUAUUUUAUAAUGAUUUACAAUCUGAAUCUAUUUAACUUUACUCAAUGAUAAUUAGGCGAAAUAUUUAUUGAUUUAUUGGAUGCUGUUUAGUUUUUUGGUUUAAUAGUAUUUGAUUUUCUAUUUGUUUUUGUGUAACUUUUGUUAUUUAUGGAAUGUAUGAGUACUAAAAUAAAAUUCGUGAAACAGAUUUUUUU